CAUAAGGAAACUACGGAUUUGCAACGCUUUCAAUAAGAGAUGGCUGCAAUUCUCUCUGCGAAGCAGUUUCAUAAGGACUAUAAAAUUACGAAGAAAAUAGGGCAUGGCGCGUUUGGAGAGAUUUAUAUCGGAUCGGAUAUUCAUACUGGAAGACCUAUCGCUUUGAAGAAGGAAUCGUCACAAUGUAAGUGCAGCCAGCUGCGCUACGAGGCAAAGGUGUACAGUAUUUUGGAAGGAGGAAUGGGAAUUCCCAAGGUGUACAUGAAUGGUAUACUCGAAGAUAACAAUAUUAUGGUGAUGGAUUUACUUGGGCCCAGUCUUGAAGAUAUGUUUAAUUAUUGCGGAAGGCGUUUUACUCUCAAAACUACGAUGAUGCUUGGAAUUGAGCUAAUCACCCGCUUGGAGUUUAUUCAUCAUCGGAACUUCAUCCACCGGGAUAUCAAGCCUGAUAAUUUUGUGAUUGGAACAGGGGAUCGAGCCAAUGUAGUGUAUAUAAUCGAUUUUGGACUUUCCAAACAGUACAGAAAUCCUCAUCAUUUCCGCCACAUUCCAUAUCGAGAAGAUAAGAGUCUCACAGGAACUCCUCGUUACGCUUCUCUCAGCAAUCACUUGGGAAUCGAGCAGAGUCGCCGUGACGAUUUAGAAUCCCUCGGCUACGUCCUUCUCUAUUUUGUGCGCGGGAAGCUUCCUUGGCAGGGUCUGAACGCCACUUCCAAAAAGAAAAAAUACAACCGAAUUAUGGAAUGCAAGAUCGAGAACUCGUUCGCAACGCUCUGCGCCGGUCAGCCCGAAGAAUUGUUGGAGUAUAUGAACUACUGUCGAAGCCUGAGCUUUGACCAGAAGCCGAACUAUCGCUAUCUGCGCGGCCUCUUCCGCCGCGUCCUGGCCAAGAAUGUAGGGAAAUCGCUUUGGCUGUGUGCUCUUGUCUAA